AUUUUGAUUUGAUUUAACAUUGAAAAUUUGUUUAUUAUUGUUAAUUUUGAGGUUCGGAUGGUUUUUGUUUUUUCAAAUAUUACUCAUUACACACGAUGUAUUCAUGUCUAUUUAUUGUCCUGUAUAUUGCAUAUACAUAUUUACACUCUAUUUAAUUCAAUUCAGUUUUAUUUGUAUAGUGCUUUUAUCGUGCUUGAUGUAGUCCUGUGCUGCAAUCUUGUUCUGAAGAAGUGACAUUUUGUUCCAACGUUCACAGCUUAAAUGGAGGAAUAACAAUUGUCUAUUUUUUCUGGGAUUUUCUGUAAAUACAGUAGUAUACAUUUUUAUGCCACAGUACAAUUGAAUUCUCAAAUCUCAUUGGUCAGAAGUUGUUGAUUAAUAUCAGCAACAAAAGCUCUGUCCAUAGUGACUGCUAAAAUCCAAAUCAUAGCUUUAUAUUAACAUGUUCAUGCUAGUAUGUUAUUGUUUCCAUAGUAACAGCUAGUUCACAGGGACUUCAUAAUAAUAUAAGACUAAUAAUAAAAGGGUUAAAAAUGUGUGGUUAUUUAACAAAGACGUGUAUUUGUUGAUAUGGUGCCGCUUUCUGUAAAGAGAUGUUUAUUUCACAUUUAUGGAAGGAGUCUCCAGUACCAGUGGCAUUAAAUAUAGCUACAAACAGUUAAAAGUGUCACUUCUUGUUUAUAAAUAAAAUUGAAAAUAAUCGUAGCUGUUGGCAAGUUGUUGUACUGUAAGAGGAAUCAAAAAAUCACUCCAGGACAUCCGUUUUUGGAAAAUAAUCAACUUAAACUCAGUCGGGCCUCAUCACACCACCUCGUUUUUUAUUCUUUUCCUACAACACGCCCUGUCAUGUUUUAUUCCUUAUUUGUCCUCCUGACUACAGCAAUUUAAAGUUAAGCUGCAUUUGGGAAAGUCAGUGCUUUGUCAGCUAUUUGCUUGCCUUGUGUGUGUGUGUGUGUGUGUGUGUGUGUGUGUGUGUGUGUGUGUGUGUGUGUGUGUGUGUGUGUGUGUUAGGAGAAAAACCUGACGAGGUUAACAUUUCUUAGAGUGCAGUUACAAAGCGGGUGAGGGAAUGUGUUUAUUCUGGCAAUACAUACACACACCCACACACACACACACCCACACACAUACACACACACAUUUAUGAGGUGCAGCAUGAGAGCAAUCAGCUGUAGUUUUGUUUCUCUAGGCACUGUCUAAGCUUGCCACGCAAUCAAAAGCCUUAUGAACAUGAACCGAGUGAGGGAUUCAUAUAGACACAAAGCGACACGCCUAUAUACUCACUUUACCUGAGAUAAAGCCUGUCAUUCAUAAAUCUCAGGUUAAUAUUUUGAAAAUGACAAAGAAAACAAAGAUCUGAGUAAGGCCAAAACUGAUUUAAGAUGGCUUCUCAUAAAGACUGUACUUCUAAGCGUUAUUGAAUGUUGAUAGUUUGAGAGAACAUAAGCAUUCCUUGGGAGGAAUUUUGGUAUGACAGGUCUUGUUAAAUAUCUCAUUCUGGAAACAAAUGAUCUAAUAAGCUUGUGCAGUAUAAUGAGUCUCUAGCUACAUGAAAGCUGGUGAAACAAACAGCAUCAGCUGAGCACUGACUGAUCUGAGCAUCGCAAAGUUAAGAUCAUUUAACCGGAAAAGAGAGAGAGUGUUCAACAUCACGCUUGCUCUACCAUUUAGUGAUGAUCUUCGUGCUGCGAUGCUUCUGGGAAAACCUGCCCUGAUCUGUACUAUUAACCAUAUAGUACAAGCAAUGUAGUAUAUCAGUCCUCAUCUUCUAAUACAAUGACAAAGCUUAUUUUUUUUCAUUCUUCUCCUUCAUUCUCCUACGCCUCAUCCUCCUCUUAAUCCUCCUACUGACUCGCCCCUUUGCCUCGUCCCUCGCUCCCACCCUCCCUCUAUCAACACGCUCCUCUCCUCGCAUCAGCCGAAUCCAUUUUGCAAAUGAUUGUGCGCAGCUACGGGGACGGGAAUGAACCGGUGGCACUAUUUUUAGCCCAAGCCAAAGGAGGGUGGAGGAAGCAAGCGGGCGAGCAAAUGAGUGAGUGAGUGAGCAAGUGAGAGAGUAAGUGAGAGAGUGAGUGAGAGCGAGUGAGUGAGUGAGUGAGCUAGUGAGUGUAGGAGAUUGCACACGUAGGGAAGAAAGAGAAGGAGAGUGAGGGGGGAAAGCAUUGUUUUUCCUCGUGGAGCAGCAGUUGAGUGCUGAGCUGUGGCAGGGAGCAGUGGCAGCUGUGAAGAACAAGGAGAGAAGAGGAGGCAGAGGAAACACUUAGAGACCCCCAGGUACCAGAGACGUACAGGAGUGAUGCGGCCCAGGUCUAGACUGCUGGCUAAGAGAGGCCUCCCAACCAUCCGCGAGGGUUCGGAGGAGCUUGUGCAUGACCUGAACCAGACCAACAGCCAGCACAGCAGUGCACAGGACUACUUCCACUCCAUCUGCCAGCUGGCCCAGCCUACAUUUCCCUUGCAUGAGCCAGACCGUGACAUCCUGUCCAUCGGCAGGCUGGACUCUCCAAAACCAUGCUUGCGCCCACACCGUUUGCGCCAGCUUGCGCAGCCCCUAACCUGCCCCACUGACACCUCCACAACCCAGUCACCCAAGGUGGAGGCACCGGGGCCUUCUUCAUCAGAGCAAGAGCAAGCCCAAGGUUCAGAGCAGGACUGCCCAACUUCGACUGACCCGCUGGAGUACCUCUACGGCUACAGAGAAGCAGAAGCUUCCUCUUCCUCUACCAGAAGGGUCAGCAUUCCCCUUCGCAGGGCACGCAGUGUACCGUGCCCUGGUCUUGAUGUCCAGAACAAAAGCAGUUGUCCUGAUCUGCGUCUACCAGAGUCUGUCCUCUCUCCUGUUGUGCCACAGCGCUCACCGCUUAGCAGAAAGAAGCUAGAUGGCGCCAAUGUCGAGUGUGGUUGGAGGGCAAAAAGCAGCCGCAGCUUGGACAAACAAACAAUUGUGUCGCACUGGAUCUCUGAGUGCCGGAGUGCAUGGAGGGAAGCCCGUAUCCAUGCCUGCAUGCUGCCCGCCAUUGCUGAGAAAUAAUGCUUCUCCAUUUUUCGCAAGCUGUAUCUCCCUGCGCUGUCUAAAAACAUUUAGCAAUAUCACUAGAGGAAUGAUGUGACUUCACGUUUUCAAGUUUAUAUACCUAACCAUUUUUUGGGUGUAAACUAAGCAAAAGUGAUCCUAUAGAUGGUGACGUGUUAAUGCCACACCAGUGUGUAGAGUUAUGCUAAAUGUCAGUGAUAAAACUGGUCAGUGUCAGUCCAGUCAUAUCCAGUUGUGAUCAAUAACUGAAUUGGUUGUUGGAAGACUUUAACAUUACUUGGUGAUUUGAAGAAAAAAAAGACAUUAAAACUGCAGUACUAAAAUACAAUGCUCUGUAGUUACAUUUAAGAUGGUAGAAUAUUAUCCAAUGUCAGGAGAAUGCACAAACAGAUAUCACUGUGUGUUUGUUAUAAGAUUUAUUUGCUUUUUUUUUUCGUAAAAUCCUGUUUGUGCAAGUCAUCUAUGGCAGCUAAGGCAAAGCAGAUCGCUUGACAAAAUACAUCCCAAAAUAUUUCCAAGAGAUUCAAGACAGCUAAUUUAUUCUGAACUAUGGUUACAGCGAACUAAUAUAAAAUGCUGUUCCUCAUAUUUGCCCUUGUGUAUCUGGAAGAAGCAUACAUAUCAGAAAGAUAAUCUCUGGGUGAAUAUAUUUAUGAAUUAUGGUAUUCCCAAAGAGAUCCUGUUUUGCCUAGUUUGCUUGGCAAAAAUCCAACUGCUGAAAGAGUAAAAACAACCAAAUGAAAGGGGUAAUAAUUAAAUUUAACACUGACCCAGAGCUUGUGGUAUCACACAAGCAAUAACUCACUGCCAUCUGCUGCCUACGCAGAUGUUUGUGAACAUCCGUAAUUGGCCCAUGUUGAUAGUUGUCAAUUUGAAGUCAGUCCAAAUUCGUUUUGAAGUCAUGAUCACAAGAGUCAUAUUUUCUAUGUCCUUGAACGGACAUAAUUAAUUAUUUCUUUCUGCCCAAAAUCUAUAUGUCCCAUAAACAUAUCAGCAUUAGAGGUCCUUUUUUUAAAUGUCUUUUCAAUGUCUUUGUGCUAAUUGAGAUAUAUGGGAGACAAAUGAGUUAAAGUAGAAUUAAUCAGAAAAUAUACCAUACUUUAUGUUGUACCCCUGCCCUUCAAAUAUCCUUUCAAAUGAGAAGCAUUUAUGUCAAGAAAAGCCUGUAAAUUAAGCACUGUACUGUUAUCUUUAUAUGACUGUUCUUACUCAAAGACCCUUGAAAAAAAAAGGUUUCUGAUUUGGCAUUCCAGUGUUUGCAGGUAAUUUAUGAUAAAUUGUGAACCAUAGAAGAAAUUGUUGCAUGGAUUUUGUAAACGAUUUUCUAUUUAUGCAUUCAGAAUGCUGUAAAUUAUUAUUAUGAAUGCCACUCCUUUGAAUAAAAUUAUCUAAUGGGAGAGUAGAUUAUAUUAUUUGUAUGUCUUUGAAAUUGUGUUCAUUUUUCCACUUUUUAAAUAAAAAGGUCUCUGUGUUUUA